CCUUGAGCAAUAACCACUUCAACCAAGAAAAUCCUCGCGUCCUUCGAUUGUUAUAUGAUGGCGGAGACCAAGGCAGCGUCUGUGGCGGCGGAGGAGGGGAGGAGCAAGACGGUGGUGCUGGUCGCCGUGGACGACAGCGACCACAGCUACCGCGCGCUCGAGUGGGCCAUGCGUUACGUGGCGGAGAUGGCCGGCGCCGGGGCGCCGACGGAGCUCGUCAUCGUGCACGCCAAGCCGUCCCCUUCCCCCGUGGUCACCAUGGGUGGCCCCGGCGUGUCCGGCGACGUGGUGAGGUUAGUGGAGGCGGACCUGCGCAAGAAGGCCGAGGGCGUCGUCGACAGGGCGCGCCGCCUCUGCGUCGCCAACUCGGUGCAGGGCGUGGUGGAGGUGGUCGACGGGGAGCCGAGGCACGUCCUGUGCAACGCCGUCGAGAAGCACCACGCCGAUCUGCUCGUCGUCGGCAGCCAUGGCUACGGCGCCAUCAAGAGGGCAUUGCUCGGGAGCGUGAGCGACUACUGCGCCCACCAUGCGCACUGCUCAGUGAUGAUAGUCAAGCAGCCCAAGUCCAAGAACUGAUCGCCAUUUCCGGUGUUAGAUCUAUCGAUCGUGCCCAGUUCCAGUGCUGGGAUUGUGCGAUUUGCGUGCCUACACUAUGUAUCCCCACUGAGUUAUUUCUACUCCAAUGUUUGUACUCCCUUUCAUAUCUACUCUGCAUAUUGGCAGUCAAGCUAUGUAAACAUUUGAGCAAAUUUAUAGAAAAACUUAUUAACAUA